UCCGCCGCGUACACGACUUUUUGGCGGCCAUAUUUAUUUACGUUUGAAUUUCGAAUUCAGUUUUGUGUUGACAUUCAGUUUUUUUUUUCAAAAUCAGGCUACGAAAAUUCAGUGAUUUUUAUAAUCUGUAAAAUGAUUUCCAAAAUUAUGUGAAAAUUGUGCAAAGAUAAACAAAAUGACGGACUUUAUAUCUCUCGUGAGACGGCUAGGGAGCAAGCGGGACAGAAACAGUGUGUAUUCUGUGGUGUCGUGCAGUGACCUGACGCCGGGCAGCCUGGAGAUCUGGGUGGACCUGCCCGAUGAGAUCAAGUACGACCCGGCGCUGGCGCCCUUCAAGCAGCUGUAUGAGCAACAUCAUGGUAAGCUGGAGUCGUCAGACACGAAGUCGUGUGAGCACCUCACGCAGAUCCUGGACGUCAACGGCGACAAACCCAAACAUCAAGACAGCGAGAAGAACGCAGGCAAAGGAUUGCUGGACCAAGAAUUGCCAUCAGUCGAGGAGGCCAAAUCCGUUUCGCCGAGAAGGAAACAGGUGGAUCAAACGCUCCGCAUCCUGAAGCUGACGGUGCUGACGGCGUGCUGGGUGCUGCUGACCGUCUCCCUGCUGCUCAACCGCGAGAAGCACGAUGUGGUGCUGCACACCUCCGUCAGUCCAGAGGAGAUCAAAGACUACUUCCUGAAAUCCACAGUGGAGGAGUGCUCGCUUCGCAUCUCGGUGUCGGGGCCGUUCGUGGACAGCGCCAGCAACGCGACAGAGCUGCUGGAGAUCUGGCUGCAGAGGACCGACCGAGACUACCAACAGAACUCGUCAUCAUGGACGGUCCACCUCCAGCCCAACACAGAGAUCGACUUCGCCCCCAGUGCCACGCUAACACAGCUGCUCAAACUUGGAAAACAUCCGGUGUUGAAAAAAGAGGACGGAGUUUUGAAAUCAGAAGUGGUCCCAUCGAGAAGAACUUCGGAACAUCCAGUUAUAGAAACCAGUGAAAAUGAAACGAAUGGUUCUAGUGUGAGCCUGCGCAUGCGCACGUCGAGCGGUCGGCCUGUGCCGCUGACGGUGAGCUACGCGCUCGACCCGCUGUCGGCGGAAGACGGCAUCAUCUACGCCGUGGUGCUGCUGCUAGUGCUGUACGUGCUCAUCAUAUUUGAGAUAGUCAACCGGACUAUAGCAGCACUCCUCUCAUCGUCGUUGGGCAUCGCUGUGCUGGCUCUGAGCGGGGAGCGGCCGUCUCUCCCGGAACUCAUGUCGUGGCUGGACAUUGAGACCCUGCUGCUGCUCUUCAGCAUGAUGAUCCUGGUGGCCAUACUGGCAGAAACGGGACUGUUUGAUUAUCUGGCUGUGGUUGCUUUCGAGGUGACAGGCGGUCGCACGUGGCCGCUGAUCAACUGCCUGUGCCUGUUCACGGCGGUGUUCUCUACCUUCCUCGACAACGUCACCACCGUGCUGCUCAUGACGCCUGUUACCAUCAGGCUGUGCGAGGUGAUGCAGCUGAACCCGGUGCCAGUGCUCAUGUCGAUGGUGAUCUUCAGCAACGUGGGCGGCGCCGCCACGCCCGUCGGCGAUCCGCCCAACGUUAUCAUCGCCAGCCAUCCGUCUGUACUGCGAGAGAACAUAAACUUCACGUCAUUCACGCUGCAUAUGGGGCUGGGCAUCCUGGCGGUGAGCGUGCAGACGUACCUGCAGCUGCGGUACAUGUUCCGCGACAUGAACCGCCUGCGACACAGCGUGCCCAGAGAGAUCGUUGAGAUGCGCCAGGAGAUCGGUGUGUGGAAGCGCGCGGCCGCCUCGCUGUCCUCCUACUCCCGGGACGAGGACCUCGUCAGGCGGGCACUCGAGAAGAAGGUGCAGAAACUACAGGCGACGCUAAAGAAGAGAGAGGCUGGCAACACCAAGUCCAAGACCGAUCCGCUGUUCACCUCCACGCUCGCUCAAAUGAAGCAAAAGUACCGCAUCAGAGACAAGCAGCUGCUAAUCAAGUCAUCGGUGUGCGUCGCGUUUGUUGUCAUCGUGUUCUUCCUGCACGCAUUCCCACAAUUCGAGAGUCUCUCGCUGGGGUGGACGGCGCUGCUGGGCGCGCUGCUGCUGCUGGUGCUGGCGGAGCGCGAGGACCUGGAGCCGAUCCUGGCGCGGGUGGAAUGGUCCACGCUGCUGUUCUUCGCCGCGCUCUUCGUCCUGAUGGAGGUUCUCUCCAAGCUGGGUCUGAUCGCGUGGAUCGGGAAGCUGACGGAGUCUGUGAUCAUGAAGGUCGGUGAGGAGUCGCGGCUGGCGGUCGCCGUGAUGCUCAUACUGUGGGUGUCAGGUCUGGCGUCGGCGUUUGUGGACAACAUCCCGCUGACGACGAUGAUGGUGCGGGUGACGGCGGAGCUGUCGGCCGGCGCGCUGGCGCUGCCGCUGCCGCCGCUCGCCUGGGCGCUCAGCUUCGGCGCGUGUCUUGGAGGUAACGGCACGCUGAUCGGCGCGAGCGCGAACGUGGUGUGCGCGGGCGUGGCGGAGCAGCACGGCUACCGGUUCACGUUCAUGCAGUUCCUGCGCAUCGGCUUCCCCAUCAUGAUCGGCAACCUGCUCGUCGCCUCCGUCUACCUCCUGCUGUGCCAUUGCGUCUUCACCUGGCAUUAGAAGAGGGCCAUGGCAUUACCGCGUUAAAGUUUCUUAGCCUGGCAUUACCAUGUUAAAGUAUUUCUUAGUCUGGCAGUACCACGUUAAAGCAUUUCUUAGCUUGACAAUGCUUUAAUGGUCUCACAAAAUAUUUCGCCUGUCUAAAAUGUCUUGUUACAGGAAAAAUUUCCAACAACUCGGUUAUCUUUUUAGGAAUUUACUAUUAAGUGAACAAUUCUAUUGAAAAUAACUAUUUUUGAAGUUUUUGAAAUACCUAUUAUGUAGUAAAAAAGUUACAAAUGUUCCUUAUGUUGAAUUUUUUUACCCACAGGGCAAGUAAAAAAAAACAUCACUUUAAGAUUAUUAUUAUUAUAAAACAGACAUUUAGUUUAUUAACACGUACUUAAUUAUGUAGCAAAGUCCUUUAAAAGUGAUUAGUUAGAUAUAAGCUGUCACGUCUUCCUACAUAUUAUAUACUCCUGAACAAAAAACAAACAUUAAAAAAUGAAAUCUAAAUUUUAAAUAAUACAUACAAGGGUCAAGUAUAUGAAAAUUUAUUCAUUAGGCCGCCGCAAAUAAAUAACGACUCCACUGUUUUGUUGAAUGCAAUUUUAAUUUCAUGACUUGUCAUAAUGUUUCUACUGACCCUCAGUAUUUCGUCACUGUAGAAAGUUAUAACUUUCUUUACAUUACUACAAAAUUUUAUUAUGGGCCGAUAACUUUUGUCUCUUUAUCUUAAAUAAUGCUCUCUCGCUCUAUCACGAUUUAACUGUGGAAAAGAGAUCCCCACCCCACCUUUUCCGUCU